GUUUGUUUUCGUCUUGUAAUUUGGCUUGGCUUAUUUAUUGGCUCGGCUUCUGUUUUUAUUACUACUUAUAAAACACCAACAUUACGAAUGUUCAUGAAACAGAACAAGACGAAGAGAACAAGGCAAAAUAGCCUUGGUUUCGGAGUAUUGGUUCACGUGUUGUCUUGCAUGCCUCAUGUUACUCUCCUCCCAAUUCUUGUGACUUGUUUCUGUUUUUUGUGUCAGAAUCUUACCCAUCAUACGUGUCAUUGCCAUUCAUCGCACUUUCUCUACAUACCCUAACUAGGCUAUUAGUAUUUCAUUUCACUGUUCUUAUUGUUUUUUUUCUUCUUCUAUUUCGUAGAAAUGGCUCCUCCCAGUUUACAUGAAACAGUUAAAGUUGUAGAGAAAAUGGUAACUAGAAAAGUGGAUCUUCGGUCGGACACAGUGACGAAGCCGACUGAGACAAUGAGGGCUGCUAUGGCAAGUGCUGAAGUUGAUGACGAUGUUCUUGGCUAUGAUCCGACGGCUUUACUCUUAGAGACAGAGAUGGCGAAGAUGAUGGGAAAAGAGGCAGCUCUUUUUGUUCCGUCAGGGACUAUGGGUAACCUUAUUGCUGUACUUGUUCAUUGUGAAGUUAGGGGAAGUGAAGUUAUUCUGGGAGAUACUAGUCAUAUCAAUAUUUAUGAGAAUGGUGGUAUUUCGACCAUUGGAGGAGUGCAUUCGAGACAGCUGAAGAAUAACGAUGAUGGAACGAUUGACAUUGAUUUGAUUGAGUCUGCUAUUAGAGAUCCUAGGGGGGAGCUUAUGUUUCCGACAACUAGGCUUAUUUGCUUGGAAAACAGUCACGCCAACUCGGGUGGAAGAUGUCUCUCUGUUGAAUAUACUGAUAGAGUUGGAGAGGUUGCUAAGAAGCAUGGAUUGAAGCUUCACAUUGAUGGAGCCCGGAUUUUUAAUGCAGCAGUUGCACUCGGUGUUCCUGUGGAUAGGCUUGUCGAAGCAGCUGAUUCGGCUUCAGUUUGCCUAUCUAAAGGCAUAGGUGCUCCAAUCGGAUCUGUUAUUGUUGGUUCCAAGAACUUCAUCACUAAGGCUAAGCGACUCCGGAAAACCUUAGGUGGUGGAAUGAGACAGAUUGGAAUCCUUUGUGCUGCUGCACUUGUUGCCUUAAAGGAAAAUGUUGGAAAACUAGAAAGUGAUCACAAGAAAACUAGACUUUUGGCUGAUGGAUUGAAUGAAAUUAAAGAACUCAGAAUUAACCCCUUCUCCGUGGAGACCAAUAUCAUAUUUAUUGACAUUGUGGACGGUUCAAGGACUACAACAGAAAAGAUAUGCAAAUACUUGGAAGAACGCGGUAUCCUCGUGAUGCAUGACAAACCAUCAAGGUUGAGAGUUGUUGUCCACCACCAAAUUUCAGCAAGUGAUGUCCAGUACACCCUGUCAUGCUUUCAGCAAGCAGUACAAAUAGAAAAUGGCAACUAGUGGAAGAAUAGCACUUUGUUGGUGUAUGAUUGGUUUAUGAAAGGGGAAAUCAGAAUUUUCAUUUGUCUUUAUUUUAUUUGGAUUUGAAUAAUUGAUGAUGUCACUGUUUAUGAAUUAUUUUCACUUUAUUAAUUAACCACGAGUUUCUAUAUCGUCUUGUGGCUUGUGGGUCAUUGUUGAUGUCGAUGUCAAAUGAUGAUUGAGAAGAUGUUCAUUAUA